UUGACAUUGCAUGGGAUAAAGAUGCGACUCCUGACCGUCGUGUUGGUAUGCUGCGCCGUGUUUGUGGUUCAGCCCAACGUUCUGGAAGCUCGAAAAUCUCUCAAAGGACACCACAGAAGUCGGGGGAAACCAAGGCAUGUUGUCGUGAGGAGCAGAACUAAUCAAACGGCAGGAGGCACCAGUCAACUUCAGUUGGGCGACCUCACGGAAAUGUUCUAUAACCACUGCCAUGAUAUAUUUAAAGAGAAGAAUUUGGUUGGGUACGUGAUUCGUGGCAUGAUCGGCGGGAUUUUGGACCGACUCAACGAAGUGUGCGUGGACAAGCCCAUCCAUCCACUUAUCCACAAAAUCUUCACGCAAACCCUUCUAUGUGGUGGUAGUCUCUCGGAAGCCGUCGACAGUGUCAUUGACAUUAUAUUUGGGCAGUUCGAACGAAAGUGUAGGGAAAAACAUGGAUUCGAAAGCCUUUAUGUAUUAACCAGUGCGGAAAAUGAAAUUGUGGAGACAAAACAAUUAACUUAAUUCGCAGCUUUGCCUUUGAGAAUAAAUAAAAUGGUUUCCGA